CGUUUAGCCGUGACACCGCACCUCCCGCCACAAGCGCAAGUCCCUCCACAGUUGCAAGACCCGCCACCAACCAUGGGAGAAGCACAACCACUGAGUCCAAUGCCAAGACAUCACCUGCCCUCCUUGCCACAUCACUGACAACUCUUUCUAUGACUGAUUUGAGGACUUCUACCACUCUGAAGUUUGCAUUUACUCAAUCUUGCCUUCCAAUCACUUUAUCCAUACAGCUGGAGGAUGUGACCAGUACAAGGAUACAGUUCAGCUGGAAACCUCAAGGUGGCACAAAAGACAGUCCUUACAGAGUGCGUCUGUGGGGAGGCUCUGGAGAGUUGGAGAAGAGAAGCCUAAAUAAAACAAGUACUGCAUUUGAAAAUCUGCUUUCUGAUCAUGAAUACCAAAUAUCCGUGGAUGUUUCAACUUGCUCUAAGAAUGUCAGUACCUCCUUGACAGUUCGCACAGCUGCUGAAGUCUUCAACGGAACCACUAGGAUUAUCAAUGAGGUUUUCAUACCUCAAUAUCAGAACAAAUCAAGUUCAGCAUUUAAGGACUUUGAAGCUAAGUUCAUUAAGGAGAUAGAAAAACAUCUACCACAAAAGAUCCUUGAAUUAAUAAAGUGGAAAAAAAUGCGUAUUGUAAUUAACAGCAUCAAGAAUGGCAGUGUGAUUGUGCUCUUCGACAUUGUGUUGGACACAGGAGAAAAUAUAACAAAAACAGAGAUCUCAGAUGCUUUCAUAGAGGCCCUUAACAUGAGUACAGUAUUGAAAGCUGAUCUUAAAAAGACUGUUAUAGAAGCAAGGAAUAGUUGUCAGCCAGGAUUAAAUGACUGUUCCCAACAUGCUACGUGCACUGCUGAAGGAGCCACUUAUUCCUGCCAAUGCAACAAAGGAUUCACAGAUAACAGCCCCCAAGUUCCAGGGAGAGUUUGUCAGCAAAAGCAAAACCUACCUUCACAACAGAUUACUACAGUCCCUCCAAAAAGUGCUAUAGCUGCAUUUACAGGAUCAACAGCUAAUUCCAAUUUCACUACGACAUUUGCAUCAGGACCUUGCAUGCCAGUGUCCAUCAAAGUUCAGAAUGUGACUGGGGAAGCAAUACAAUUCAGCUGGACCAGUGGCAGGAGAGGCAGCUUCUACAUGGUCUCCCUCAUGGAUGGAAACCGGGACAUAAAUAAAACGACUACAAAAGAGAAUAAAACUGUGUUUAAACAUUUACUUCCUGGUCACGUAUACACAAUAUCUGUGGCAGUAUUAUCUUGUGCUGAGAAUAGCUGGACUUCAGCUAGUGUCCGAACAGAUCCUGUUUCCUGUUUCAACAGAAAUGAGCUCUGCUUACCACAAAAUACUUUCUGUCCUGACUUAAAAUAUAUUGUAUGCUCACAUUACCAAGCAUUUGCUUGCAGUGUUUUGUUAAAAAACCAGACAUUUAAUCAUACGCUUUAUAACUCUGAUAGUGAAGGCUACAAAACAAUGUCUGAAAGUAUAAGAACAGAAGUUGUUAGAGAAAUGCGCGUUAAACUGAAAGAUGACCACUUUGAUAUCAUUAUGCUUGGAUUCAGACCUGGAACUGUGAUUGCUUAUUUUAUUUCUCUACUGCAAACACAAGAGCCCAUUGAUGUGAAUAUUAUGCAGUCAUACUUAAGUCAAAUAUUAAAGAGCAAGUUUGGUGACCGAACAGAAGUAACUGUACAAUCUUUGUCUGCUAAGUUGCCAGCUGGAGAAAGUUCUACCUGGAAAGUGGCAGUGAUUGUCCUUGGAGUUUUACUUGGAGUUGCAUUAGUGCUGAUUCUUCUGGUAACACUGGUUUACAUUUAUACAAAGAAAAGAACGGGUAAAUUUUUGGUUGAACCCACAGGACUCCUGGGAAAUUUUGUCUACAAGCACUUAUAAGCCAUCACUUUCCUUUACAUACUUUGGGAAGGGGAAAAAUUUAUAUAUAUUUGCCUUAAAAUGCUGAGUUAUUGUUUAUAUUAAGAUAACUGUAACCUCUCCUUCCCAAUGUUCAUCACCAAAUUUCAGUGCUUCUAACGACUUCCAAUGAAUCAUCCUUUUAUCACUGCCCUCAGGUAUGGAGCGGGGAAUUUUCCCUGUUGUACAUGUUGUAGAGUGAGGCAAAGAGAAACUUCUGUUCAGACUAUCCACUGUGGGUAUUGCAAUGAUUCCUAACCAUUGACUAUAAAGAGAGAGACGGGAUCCGAACUGCUCAAUACUCUCUUACAUUUAAAUGACACAGCAAAUGGAGUGACUGAUCCUAGUACCUAUGGUAGGUCACAUGAAUACACAGCUGAGCCCAGACUUAACCUGUUGGGCUUUAUGAACUUGGCCAAGGGUGCUUCAACUCACCUGAGAAUUUUAUCACCAUGUGAAGAUGUCUCUUUCUCUCCAGUGACUGCAGAAUGACCUCAGGGCAAUUAGUGUUCCAGCAUUUGCAUGUUGGUUAGGAGUCUGAAGGGAAGUGGGAUAGACCUGGGCUGCCUGGACUUGCUCCGGGAGUCUCUGGCGGAACAGGAAUUUGAUCUGGAGGCUUCUGAAUUCAAGGUUAGUUUCUUUAAUUCUUGGGCUAUUAAGAAAUAACAGCCUUUACGUGAUAAAUGUAUAGCAUGCUAAAUACAGGUGUGAUUUAACAGGAAAUCAGUAAUUGCAUAGCCUUAACAUGUUUCUAGACCAGGGGAGGGAGAGAAAAAGUUAAUUUGCGCUGAAGUAUUUUAUUCAUCUAUUUUUGCCUGUCAAAAAAGGUUGUUUGGGCAGGGGCAUAUCAUAUAGCACCUUUUUGCCUUGCUCUUGAUAAUCUCAAAGUAGAGUCUGCUAAAAGCAACCUGGAAGAUCCUGUGUCAUUGGACCAGACCUUGUGCUUUAGAGAAAUGAAAUGCCCUUUAUCUGUUUUCACCACUCUUAGCUGCAAUCCUGGUGCAGUUACAGUCUGUUUCUCCUGUGAUGUAUUUUUUCUGCUUGGAAUAUGUCGCUGAACAAAUGAUAAAGGGCAGUAUAUUGCUGUACAUAUUUUCAGUAAGAUUUCUGUAUUUAAUCUCAAAGCAGUUCUCCCUGUGUCUGUAUUUGGUCUGUAUGCCUAUGCUCCACAUUCAUGUUGAGGGACUGAAUAUCCUGUGAUGUUGAGGCACUGGCUUACGCUCCCCAAACAGUCCAGGCCCUUUGUCUUUGCAGAUUAUGUCAUGGUUAGUUGGCAUGGGUUGGAGUAAGGAGAUGUCCAGAACUGUAGCCAUAUUGUGGGACAUCAGCAGAACAGAGUGUUGAUGUGCAAGCAAAUCUGCUGUCCUCUGGGUGCAGCCAGUGUUAAACUUUUUUAUACCUCCUUCCCUGUGCCAUAGUAUGGCUCCUGGAGCAACCUUGCUGAGGACCCUGGUUAAGCAGAAAGGUGAAGCCACCUUAUGCACUGGCUUUAAUGCAGAAAGGCUGAUUUAGUUCAGGCUGUAUCAACACCCUGACAAGGGAAGUCACAUCCAGCCUUGCUCCUCUGCCCUCGGCUUAGCAGCAGCGUCACUGUGUGAGGCCAACGGUCUGUGCUGGUGGAGGAGGGAAGGCUGUGUGAGUACUAAGGGUGUCUUUGCAUACAAAGUUGUGUUGGUGGUUUAUGUUCCUGUCUGGAAUUUUUUUUUUUUUUUUUUUCUGCGGGGACCUAUGAAAGAAGGGUCUUGCAUGACUUGCUUUCCUUUCCUUCCAUGUAGUAUCAGCCUGGCUGUCCUGCUCAAGUCUGGGGUACAGAGUCACAGCCCACCUCACUAAUGGAAAGUCAGUGCGAUUAAUAUUUUUUAGACUUGUUUUAUGUGGGUUUUAAGUAUAGCUAGCUCUGGUGCUAUAUUCACUGAGCAGUCACUUGACAAUGUAUCCUACCAGUAAAUACAAGUUCUCCAGGGAGCUAUGUGUUGAAAAUACAAAUGAGUGCUCUUGCUUAUGUUAAUACUGUUUUAUUUCUUUUUUUGGGGGGUCUACUUUGAAUAGUAAACUCCUAUUGUUAGUAAACUUUUCUGAUGUCCUUGAAAAUAAUGUUGAAAUAAAGACCAUGUACAGCAGGCUUGUACUAUGGAAUCCUGGGACUUGUUAAUGCAAAAUAUAUUUAAACUCUCU